UGGCGUACUGUCUUCCGAGAUUUUUCAGCUUUCCGGUCUGAAUCUUCAGACGUUUCUCGUGUUCUUCCUUGCCUUUCUUCUAGCGUGCCUGUAUCUUAGGCGUCCUAGAAAUCUCCCUCUUUACCCGGCAGGAUGUUGGCCCGUUCUCGGGCACCUCCUCGCCUUGGGCCGAGCGCCUCACCUGCAGCUGACGGCGUGGAGGCGGCAGUACGGGGACGUCUUCACCGUCAGGAUGGGGAUGGAAGAUGUGGUGGUUCUGAACGGCUACACUGCCGUCAAGGACGCGCUCGUGGACAGGUCCGAGCUGUUCGCCUCCAGACCACAAAACUACAUAUUCGACCUCAUCAACGGUUUUGGGAAGGCUAUCGUCAGUACACAAUGGGGGAAAGCGUUCAAACAGAAGAAAAGGUUUGUUUCGACAACCCUGAGGACUCUCGGUGUGAAAGAAGGAAUGGGCAGCAUCGAAGAGAAGGUUCGAGAAGAAAUGAGCUGUCUUUGCGCCAAGGUUGCAGAAUACGGAGGUCAGCCAUUUGACCCCGAGAGUGACCUACACUUCACUAUAGCAAACGACAUCUGCUCAGUGGCCUUUGGAAGUCGCUUCGACUACGGUGCUGAGAGGUUCAAGAACCUGUCGGACGCUGCGCUCGUCACAAUGGACCGAGUUGGGUCUGGGCAGAUCAUCAACGUGUUUCCUUUCCUGCGAUUUGUUCCCGGUGUGAAUAAGUCUCUCCGUGAUGUCAGCAAAUACAAUGCGAAGAUCCACGCGUUUCUGUGGGACGAGAUCUCGCGCCAUCGCCAGAACCUGAACCGCGAGAAUCCGCGAGACUUCCUCGAUUUUUGCCUGGUGGAACUCGAAAGGCGGGAAAAGGUGGAAGAUUUCACCGAUGAACACGUGAUGUACAUGACCUAUGAGCUCCUCUUUGCCGGACUGGACACAGUUGCCAACGCCAUGCGAUGGUGUCUGCUGUACAUGGUUCUGUAUCCGGACGUACAAAAGAAGGUCCAGUCAGAGCUUGAUGAAGCUGUUGGAGGCGCCCAGCCCGCCCUGUCCCACCGUGCCCAGCUGCCCUACACAGAAGCUACACUGAUGGAAGUACAGCGGAUGCGCGCUGUUGCUCCUCUAGGCCUGCCGCACGCCACCACGCAAGACGUCACAGUGGGAGAGUUUGAUCUACCAGCGGGAGUUAUGGUCCUGACGAACCUGCACUCCCUCCACAUGGACCCCGCCUACUGGCCUGAUCCGGACCGGUUUGACCCGGAAAGGUUUCUGGACGCAGAAGGGAAGGUCAUCAACAAGCCCAAGUCCUUCAUGCCUUUUUCUGGAGGUAGACGCGGGUGCCUUGGAGAGCAACUCGCCAAGAUGGAGCUGUUUCUGCUCUUCUCCAGCCUGCUGCAGAACUUCACCUUCAAGUCGCCAGAGGGCGCACCUGCACUGUCUGUUGAAGGCGAUAUGAGGCUCACACUAACCCCUCCUUCCUACAAGAUACGCGCCAUUCCGCGUUGAAUCGACAUCUCAUUUGUAACAUAAAGGGAUGCAUACGUAUACUUUGCAUGUCAUAAUGUUUUGACAUGAUAAUACCGAUAGUUGCAUGUCUAAAAUGAUUUCUUUUUUGCUUAAUCUAAUUGCUUAUGUGUGUAUGUUCACGUAUAUAAUCAACAUAACAGUAAUUGUUUUGGCCAUAUCUAUAAUCUCAGUUAAUCUCAGAAUAUCUCUAAUUUACUUAUGAUAUUUUCUGGUAUAGCCUGGUUAUUAUUUAUCACAAAAGGAUAAUUAUUACUAUAAUAAUAAUUAUUAUAAAUUUCCAAAAUCAACAUUCAUUCUAACCCCAAGUAAUAUUUCUAUUAUGAGGCCUAGACCACGUGUUGUUUUUCCCGACAACUGUCGUAUAGUUGAACUCGUUGCCACCAAGAACAUUUGGGGUAUUCUCAUCAGAUAGCUUUAAAACAAUGCUUAGCAGAUAUAUAUGCAAAGUUAGUGUGUAUAAGUGCAGUAUAGCCAGGUUUAAACCAGCUGUUGCAGCGCCGCUUGCCUGUGAAGCUGGUGUGUUACAUCGAAAGGUGUUAUUAUUAAGUUGGGUGUACAUUAUGGCCUGAUGUCAUACAUUCAAAUUUCGCACGGUGGCGUAUUGAUACUGUAAAUGCAGUAUUCCCUAUGAUUACUCAAUCACUGAUUUUCAACGAAUAAAAAACAGAUUAACUUACAAUUGGUUUGGGUCGUGUGUUUUCUAAUAAAUUACACUUUAUGUAUGGU